AUGUCGUCUCUUCCUCCUGGAGUUGCUAAGUCCAUGGCCGAGACCAAGGUCGAAUAUAGACGCCUUGGCAACAGCGGUCUGCGUGUCUCUGUUCCCAUUGUUGGAUGUAUGAGCAUUGGAAACCCCGAAUGGGCAAACUGGGUCAUUGGCGCCGAGAAGGCCCUUCCCCUACUCAAGGCCGCUUAUGAUCGUGGUGUUAACACUUGGGAUACUGCCAACAUUUACUCCAAUGGCGACUCCGAGAAAGUUAUUGCCCAAGCCAUCAAGGAAUACCAGAUCCCCCGCCACAAGCUGGUGCUCAUGACCAAGGCAUACAGCUGUGUUGGAGAGCAACAGUUCCACGCCUAUCCCAUCAUUGAGGAUUUGAAGAAGACCAAGGAUUAUGUCAACCAGUUCGGCCUCUCGCGCUCGGCAAUCUUCACCGCACUUGAUAACUCCCUCAAGCGUCUCGAGACAGAUUACAUUGAUGUCUUCUGGAUCCACCGCUUUGACCCCGACACACCAAUUGAGGAGACCAUGCACGCUCUUCACGACCUUGUCAUUGCUGGAAAGAUUCGCUACAUCGGAGCCUCAUCUAUGUGGACUUACCAAUUUGCUAUGAUGCAGGCAUACGCCGAGAAGAUGGGAUUGACCAAGUUCAUUGCCAUGCAGAACCGUUACAACCUGCUGUACCGUGAGGAAGAGCGUGAGAUGAUCAAGUACUGCAACCUGACCGGUGUUGCUGUUGUCCCUUGGGGCCCACUUGCCGAGGGCCAGCUCGCUCGUCCCCUGAACAUUCGCGGAACCACUACCAGAUCUUCUGGCGGUGAUGAAACUCCUUCAAGCAUGCGCCCUGAGUCCAUGGAAAUUAUCAACAGAGUCGACGAGCUUGCCAAGCGCAAGGGAUGGACUAUGUCGCAGGUUACACUUGCCUGGCAGCUAAAGCGUGUGACCAGUCCUAUCAUUGGUUUCAGCAGCGUCGCCAGAAUUGAGGACGCUUUGUCCGCACGUGGCAAGGAGCUCACAGCCGAGGAAGAGAAAUACUUGGAGGAGGUAUACACCCCCGUCGAGGUUGAGGGCCACUUCUAA